CGGGGACCAAGUCGGACACAUUUGCCGACGCACAUCGACCAUCAGCCUGCGAGCUGCGCGUCGACUUCGCCUGACCUCCGGACUCGUUCACCGCCACGUGACCGCUCCUGACCCCGGAGACCCCCGCAGGGAGGUUCCACGCAUUUGACGCGUCUCGUGUGUUCCUUCGCCGUCUUUUCUCCCCCCCCCCCCCCCCCGCUGACUCACGCAGGAGAAGCCGGCAAGGAUGCGCCUCACGCUGCAGGCGUUGAUCUCCCACGGCCGGGUGGCCCGCAGGAUCGGUCUCGGUCCGCAGUCCCGGAUCAACAUGCUGCGGAACAUUCUGACCGGGCUGGUCCGACACGAGAGGAUCGAAACCACGGCGGCCCGGGCCGACGAAGUCCGCUUCUACGCCGAGAAGCUGGUUGACUUCGCCAAAAGAGGAGACACCGACGAGAAGGCGAUGAAAAUGGCCAGUUUUUGGCUCACGGAAAAGGACCUGGUCCCAAAGCUCUUCAAGGUGCUGGCGCCGCGCUUCGAGACGCAGUCUACCGGGUACACGCGGACGGCUCGCCUUCCCAACAGACAGAACCUGGACCGGGCCCCGAUGGCCGUCAUCGAGUACCGAGGGAACCCCUUCCCGCCGCUGCACCCGGUGAAGCAGGAGAACGAACUGACGCUCAUCAACCAGCUGCUCAAAGGCUACCGGCAGGAGAAGGACUGAUCCACACGGCCCAGUUGAGGAGGGACUGGUGAGCUGUGGUCGCUACGGCAACCGGCUGAUGGCUCACGGAGCGGCCUUUGUCGAAAAACAGUUGCUCGGGUAUCCACAAAAGGACAUAUGUAUGUAUUAAUAAAUAUUCUUGGUUCAUUUUCAAGUUUUUGUCGUAAAACUGGAAAGAAACAGAAGCAUUUUUGAUUUUCCAUGAAAUCAAAAAGGGGCCUGUGAGACGGAUUGAAAUGUGAUUAAAUAAAGAAGCAGAUGAUGAAUCUUUAA